GCAGUAAUAAUUGCAGGAUACUCUAACUCUGCUAAUACCUCCUGUAAACUAUUCACCUCCUGUAAACUAUUGAAAUAAUCGUUAUAUCUAAGGAAGUGGGCGUAUAAACUUUGGUUUCACAUUAGUAUUUAUGCGCAACAUGUUUGUGGUCGGCUGCGAUUUCAGAAGUGUGUCCAUGUGCAAGGUUGAUCUCAUUAACUUCCGGGCGAUAUCGAUUCAUAUUGUUCUGCAAUUCGAAAAAGAGCUUGUGUCUUGACUUCACUCUGAUCGACAAGAACGAAUUGAAAAUGUCAGAGGACCACGGCGCGCACGUUCUCAACAUUACCAUAUGUGAAGAAAUUGACCUGUCUUUUACUCGCAGAUUUUUACCAGCUGUGUUCGUGCUGGUGUUUGUCGUCGGAACUUUUGCAAACUUCUUUGGGUUAAAAACUGUUUGUACCAGCUGGAAGAAAAUUGGAAGUAUAAACAUAUUUAUUCUCAACCUUGGAAUAGCUGACUUGCUGUACCUAUUUACAUUACCAUUUUUGGUUGUCUAUUACGCGCUAAACAGUAAAUGGAUAUUUGGACAAACAUUCUGCAAGAUCACCAGAUUCUGCUUCAAUUUGAAUCUCUACUGCAGUAUCGGGUUCCUGACAUGCAUCAGUAUUUAUCGAUACCUUGGUAUUGUGCACCCAAUGAAAGUGAUGGGAAAAAUCAACACUCGACACUCCGUGGCAAUAAGUUUUCUUGUCUGGAUUUUGGUUUUCAUUCAGAUACUUCCCGAUAUGUUUUUUGACAAGACAGCGCCAAAUUCUUCAGAUGCGUGCUUUGACUCAACUGCCGACCACCUUAUCAAGGAUUACCUGCCAUAUAGCAUUGGUUGGUCCGUUACCGGAUUCGUUAUACCAUUGCUCAUCAUUCUUGCUUGCUAUGGACAUAUAGUAGUGGUCCUUGCCACCAAAGCCAACGUCAAUACUUUAUUGAAACAGAGGUGUCUAAAACUAAUCAUCAUCUUGACUGUGUUAUUCUCAAUUUGCUUUAUCCCUUACCAUGUUUUGAGAAAUCUCAAUUUGAAGAUAAGGAUUUUGAAAAUGGAAGGCACCUGCAACGCAAGCUUCGAUGACAUCUAUGUUGCUCAUCAAAUCAGCCGCGGCCUGGCUUGCCUGAAUAGCGCUAUCAAUCCGUUGAUUUACCUAGUUGGAAAUGAUGAUUUCCUCCUGCGAUUUCAUAAUGUCAGCAAACAAGCCAGGAUGUCUCUUGUUCAAUGGACUGGUGCUGUAAUUUACCGCAAGGCAUAUCCACCAACAGAAUCAUCUCAACCAGCUCACUUUAACCAGCUAGUUAUUUAAACCAGUAUUGUACCAAAGGCCUGUAUGUAAAUAUGCUGUACUUUGUGCUUUAUUCAUAAUUCUCAGAGUAUUUUAUUGUGUUAAGUGAGAGCCUAUGAGUGGCUGAAUGCACUUGUGUAAAGUGAAAUACUGUUCCAUUUAGUCAGUGAUAUGUAGGGCUAUAUCACUGAAAAAAACAAUAUGCAUCAAUAUGCAUUUCCUAUAUUGCAUACAGGUAUUCCAGCAGCCCAUUACAUACCAAUGGCUGAAGUAUUCCUCUGUUGUCAAUAAACAAUAAAAAUGUGUCAAGCUCAAA